AUUUUGUUUUAACUUUUUCGCCUAUCUACAAUUUCCACCUAUUCAAAUUCGGAACUCGUUUUCUGGUUUCUACCCAAAGAAAAAUGGCAGCUGCCCAAUCUAUAUCAAAUCCAGCGUCGACCGCGCCAGUAAUUUCCCUAUCCAGAAACAAAUCAAAACCCAGUUCAUCUUCUUCAUUUCUAAAGCCCUACAGUCUACAAAGUCCAUGGCUUGGCAUCAAACUUUCUCUUCAAUCAUCAAAACCUAGACCCCACUUGCCCAACUACCGCCCCAUCACUGCAACUUCCAUCUCAAGUCUCCCUACUUCGAAAACAGACAGAUUUGCUUCAACUGAGAAAGUUCCCAAAUGGUCAAGGAGGGCAAUAAAGUCAUUUUGUAUGGCUGAAUUGGAAGCCAGGAAACUCAAGUAUGAAACUACUGGAACUGAGGCUUUGCUUAUGGGCAUUUUGAUUGAAGGAACUAGUCUGGCUGCAAAAUUUUUGCGUGCAAAUGGAAUCACACUUUUCAAGGUGCGUGAAGAGAGUGUCAAAUUACUAGAAAAGGGUGACCUUUUCUCUAUCAGUCCUGAGCGUCCUCCUUUGACGGAACAUGCUCAAAGGGCCCUUGAUUGGGCUGUUGAUCAGAAACUAAAAUCUGCUGAUGAUGGGGAAAUUACAACAACUCAUCUGCUUCUUGGCAUUUGGUCUGAAGUGGAAUCACCUGGUCACAAGAUAAUGGCGGCUCUUGGCUUCAAUGAUGCCAAAGCCAAGGAGCUCACUUCUUUGAGUUCUGAACCUGAAUCUGUAGAUGGAUUUCCAUCUUGAACAACUGCUACGUCAGAGGCAAGUAUUUCUGCCUUCGCAGCUUCUUCAUGCCACUUUAUUCCCACAACCAUCAUCAACAACAAUG